AUGGAGGUCGCUCGUACCUCCAUGAUCCAUGCGGCUGCCCCCCAUUUUCUGUGGCCCACGCGCCGUGACCUGCCCUCUCAGGAUGUCACGUUUGAUGAGUCGGUUCCCUUUUACCGUCUCUUCCCCUACCGCACCGCCCCUCUCCCUCCUCCGCCGCUCUUCCUAGCACCAGGUCCUCCUCCGGUAGACCCCCUCCCCCCUCAGGGUCCUGCUCCCUCAGGUGUGUCCCAGGUAGACCCUGUCGAGCCUGUCGAGGUAGCUGUCGACUCUGGUGCUGCUAGAGGUGGUGCGUCUGGGGGUGCUGAGCCUGCGGGUGUGGGGCUUGGGGGUGCUGAGCUUGAGCGUGCGGAGCCUGGGGGUGCUGAGCCUGGGGGUGCUGAGUCUGAGGGUGCGGAGCCUGGAGCCCGAGUGUGCUGA